GCUGUGUGUUUAGCAGCAUUUUCUGUGCCGCUCGAUGCCGGGGCGGCACUGUCUGCGGUGCCUGGUGCUGCCUCUGCUCUGUCUAUGGCUUGGCUGGACGGCGGCCAUCUGCCGCGGCCAAUGCCUGGCGCGGGGCAGCCGCACUGUGGCGGAGAGGGAGGGCCUCAACACCAAUGGCACCCUGCGGCUGGCCAAGAGGGCGUGGCUCAGCCACCAAAUCGUCACCGAGAUAUUCGCCGCGGUACCACAAGAAGAUGAUGUGUGUGUGUACGUGUGUGAUGUCUGUCUGCGUGUGUGUGUGUGUGCAGGUAGUUCGUGACGUUGUGGGCAUUCCCGUGAAGCUGGUCGACCUCAGCCGCAUCCCUGCUUCCCACAUGUGGGAGGACAUGGCGCGCCACACCGACUCCUCCCACUCCCAUUCGAGCUCCAACACCAACAGCAGCCCCUUCCCUCUGUACGACAUCGACCUGGAGCAGUGGAACAUGCACGACACCCUCGACACGGCCUAUGUGCAGCACGUCCUCAACGACAAGACCGUCGUUGACGCAGGCUCCAUCGGAUACCCUGGCAAAGAGGUCCGUCAGUCAGCUCAGCCUCGCAAACGAGCUCCGCACAAGCCAUGGGUGUGGGUGUGUGUGGGUGUGGGUGUGGUGUCUUGCUUAUCAGGGCAUUUUCUUCCCUCGUCGCGUGUUGAGUAAGGGCUCGUUCGUGGACUACUGGCGGAGCCACCAGGAGGGCGGGGGGGCCUGGAAGCUCUUCACGAGGCGCUCGAACGGCUCGCUGCAGUUCUACCCCACAGACAAGCCAAAGACCUUCGUCAGCCGACCCACCCCACACACACACACUCACGCGCACAGCGCCGUUGAUGCCAUGUGUCUCUCCGUGUGUGUGUGUGUGUGUGUGUGUGUGCAGGUGCCGCGCCACUGCAAGGGUGCGAGCGGCCGCUCGUCGUGCAGCGAUCUGUACGCCCUGCCGAGCGGUGACGGCCACACGGUGCUCGAGGACCUGGUGACGGCCCUCUCCCUCCACUACAACGUCGUCUACCUCCCGAAGCACUCUUACAGAGAGCACAUCGAGAAGGCAGCUCGCCAAGUGAGUGAAUGUGACCAACGGGGAGGGGGAGGGGGAAGGGGGGAGUUGUGCAGCCAGCCGUGUCGACUUUUCCUAUGUGUGUUCCUUCAGCGGCAGCCGAUUUUGUUUUACUGGUGGCAGCCCGACGAGAUGACCAUUUCUACCAGCGCCAUGUAAACAAGCGACUGGACCACACACACACACACACACCCCUCUAUACCCUUCAUCGCUGCGUCUGUGUGCCUGCAGGCCGCUGACACUGCCGCCCCACAAUCCGUCGUGCUUCCCGCCCUCGUACACGCGCCUCGGGGGCGGUGGCAGCGGUCACAGCAACAACGGCAGCAGCGGCAGCGGCAGUGGCGCGCUGAAAGGCUCUGUGUCUGCGUCGUGCGACUGGCCGAGCAUCCAUCUGAAGAAGGCCGCCAGCCGCCGCGUGAGGGCCGAGAUGCCCAUGGUGCUCAAGGCGCUGGAGGCAUUCACUGUCAGCGAAAAGGAACUCACUGACAUGAUGAAGAAGUAAGUGAGGAGGGCGGUCCGGGAGGGAGGUGAUAUUGUGUCUGAGGGUGUGUGUGUGUGUCUGUGUGUGUGUGUUAGGGUCGUGAUUGGAGGCGAGCACGUCUCUUCUGUGGCUUGCCAGUGGGUGGAGGGCCACAAGUACACGUAAGCGGCUUGGCGUGGCAUGGCGUCGUGUGGUGUCGGUGUCAUGUGUGUGUGUGUGUGACGAAGCCGGCGAGGCCGAUGGACGGAUGGACGGACGUCUCUCUCUCUCUUGUGUGCUCUGUGUGUGGUCGGUGGAUGAUGUGCGGAGCGGUGCAGUAUAUCAGGUUGGCUGCCCGACUGCGCCUCUCGCGGCAAGAUGCUGGACCCCUCCACCCUCAAGUGUGGCUUCAAAUGCCGAACCACACGCGCCAACACACACAACAAGUACCUACCAGUACCCCCCCCCCCACACACAACAACACCGCACCACAUCCUCACACACCUCACACAGACACAUCUGGUUCCUUCCCUCGUGUCAUAUAUCAGCUCAUCGUCCUCGAGUGGCGUGUGGGAGUUGUGUCAGCGGUGCGGUGCCGGCCGUGACCUCACGAUCGACGGCUGCAGGCCGUGUGCACCGGGGACCUACCGCAGCGGGUCGCUCCACAAGCACACCCACCAGACACACUGCACCAAGUGCCCCAUGGGUCGGUGGGUGGGCGAGAGGGGGUGGGAGGGGUGAGCUCGGUCCGUUGGUGAGGUGCCUGCACAUGUAGGUGUGGGUGUGCGUGUGCGUGUGUGUGUGCAGGCAUGUACAGCGGCCGGCCCGGCGCCACCCAGUGCAGGCCGUGCCCAAAGGUGGGAGGGGAGGGAGGGAGGGUGGGUCGGUGGGGUGGGAAGCUAGCAGACACACAACACACUUGGGCCGAUGGGAUGGAUGGAUGUUUCCAUUGUAUAUGUUGGUUGCGCCAGGGCACAUUUGCUGGCGAGGAGGGUCUGUCCCAGUGCAGCCUCUGCCCCGAAGGCACCUACAACGACUUACAGGGCGCACACCACUGCAUACCCUGCCCACGGGUGCUCCCAAGCAAUCAGACACCCACACACACACGCCCAAGCCCACACCGAUGGCUGUGUGCCGUUGCUUCUUUGGUCUGUCUGUCAGGGCGCCUCGUGUGUCCAUCGAAGCGAGCGGGAGGUCCCCCAUGCCACCAAAGGCCACUACCGACUCACAGCCACCACCCGGACCACCACAAACAAGACAGACACCACCACGAGCAGCACCACCGCCUCCUUCUCGCUUUUCGUGCCAUGCCCGCACGCCCCCGACUGCAGCGCAGCCAACACGUGCACCCCCAACUCACACACACAAGGCACCCUCUGCACCACCUGCACCAAAGGCCACUGGCGGCCAUCGGUGCGGCGGCCGUGUGUGAGGUGCUCGUCUGGUGGCUGGGUGGCGGUGAAGGUGCUGUUGUUUCUGCUGCAGUGCGGGGGGCUGGUGUGGGGCCUGGUGCACCUGGUCAGGGGCAGGGAGAGGGAGAGUGGGGGAGGAGGACAGCACGGGAAAGACAUCAAAGGGAAUCCGGCGCUGCCGGCGGUGGUCAAGGUGAGUCAGGGGAGGGAGGGAGAGAGAAGGGAGACGACGGCUCUCGUUGAUGCGCAUCUGCAUGUGUGUGUGUGUGUGUGGAUGGUUCAGGUAGUGAGUUCGUAUCUUGAGCUGACGUCUGUGGCGGUGGCCGCCCUGUCGCCGGCCGUGCGGUCGGCCUACUCGUCCCUCUAUGUGCUGCAGUGGGUCUCUGACCUCGCCGACCCUCUCAAGAACAUGCUCGAGUGAGCCACCGGCAUAUAAGCUUGGCGCACAGAGACAGGCAGAGAGACAGGGAGGGAGGGAGGCCGACAGGUCAUCGUUCAUCGUGUGUGUGGGAGUCUGUCUGUGUAUGUCUGUCUGUGUCUGUCUGUGUGUGUCUGUGUGUGUCUGUGUGUGUGUUGUCAGUUUUGGGUGCUGGUUCGGCACGCCGAUCGGCUCUCUUCGGUUCACUCUGGUGCUGGCCUUCGUCUUCCCACCUGCCGCUGGUAUGGAUGCGUCUGCAGACAGACACUCAUGGCCUUCACACCCACAGGAGAGCCGAGUGAUCUGAUCUGAUCUAUGCGCUGCGCACCAUGGCUGGCUGGCCUCAAUGUGCUCUGUUUCUGAUGGUAUGGUCGGUGGUCAGUGUUGACGGGGCUGUUGCUGGUGCACGCCUUCUCUGUCGACCACGUCACCCCCCAGUGGCUCAAACAGAAGUUCCAACACAAAACCACCACAGCAGUACUGGUGAGUGAGGGAGUGAGACACCGAGCACACACACACACACACGCGCCCAUCGCCCUCCUCUCUCUCUGUCUGUCUCUGUCUGUCUGUCUGUCUCUGUGUGUCCAUGUCCAUGUGUGUGUGUGUGUUCUUCCAGGUGGCCCUGUUGCUCUUUUCACCGACGGCAACGCAUCAGUAUGUGGUGGCCCUCCACUGCCGCAGCUAUGCCUCCGUAUACGGGCCACCUGUGGCUCAUAGCGGUGGCGCCCGUGACGCAGCCAAGGCUGUGGGUGUGGGCGUGUUUGACGAGCCGGCACGGCUGGUCUAUGACCCAGACACUUUUUGUUAUGGCGGCGAGCAGACCGUAAGCCAACCGUCACAUGGGUGGCCUUAUGACGCUCCCCACAUGUGUGUGUGUCUGUGUGUGUGUGUGUGUGUGUGUUGUCAGCCUUACUUCGUGCUGGCGCUGCUGGGUCUCAUUCUGUGGUCCGUCGGGAUGCCUUUGCUGUUUCUCAUGCUGACAAUCUAUCUCCCGUCGACAACCGCAGACGCAGCGGCGGCCCCCAGCAAGCGCCGCCGGCUCUUCGGGGGUCUCUUCCUGCACCUGGACUUCCUGUGGUACGGCUACCGGCCGGCAAUGAGGGGCUGGGAGUGCUACGUCAUGCUCAGAAAGGUGAGGUCGGUGGAGUCGGGUCGGCAGAGGGUGGUCUUUGCAGGGGAAGUGGCACACACCAUGGCAUGGCUUGCCGUGUGUCUGUCUCGUUCCUUCUGCAGGUGGUGGUGUGGGUGGUGCUGCUGGUCCCUCCCGGCCCCCGCUCGACGGUCAUGUCCGAGUCGGCCCAGGCAUAUGCCCUGCUCUUGCUGCAGGGUCUGGCAUUCAUCGCGCUCCACAGCUGGGCGCGCCCCCACGACGUUCGGCCGUGUGGCGUGCAGGACCGUCUCGAGAGCCAGUGCCUCUGGACCUUCCUCGCCACCGUCACGGCGAUGCUGCUGCUCACAUCCUCCUCUAUCGUCGGCUCCCCCGGGAGUGCCACAGGCUGGAUCGUCACCCUCGCCGUCCUCUCGCUGCAUUUCCGCUUCAUUGCCUCAGCGCUCUCGUCGCUCCGGCUCGAUGCGCCGUUUCUCCCUCUUCGCCGGAUAAUCUGGUCAGAGACUCUUCGCAAGCGCGUCACACGCUUCCUGGGCAGCCCACACGUGCAUAUCGUCGGCAGCCGGGAGGCCGUGUCAUGCCUCGACGUGCGCGAGCUGAAGCCGGGCGAGAGGGCGGUGGUCGUCAACACGCUGGCGCAGCUGUCCACCGAUAUGCUCGACAGGCGAGUGUGCGGCCAAUACUUCCACACGAAGGCGGUAGACUAUGUGGUGGAGGGUGCGCUUGAGGGGUGGGGGGAGGAGAUCAGCGAUCAGCGGCGGCUGGAGGCGAUUAGGGGGAGGGUGGCGGCGAGACGGACCGAGGGCGAUGUCUGCUCAGCGUCCACGACGCUGACCCUGCCAGACUUACAGGUACGAUGCAGCAACACUCAGUGUGCUCAGUCAUUCUCUGUGUGUGUGUGUCAUCAGGAGCUGCUAUUGAGCCAGCCAACGUCCCUCGUGGCCACCCAGUUCAGCCACGCCCUCGCCGCCGACAGGACACCGCCAGCCCCCACCUCUCCGCCAUCCCGACACCGAGCAUCCACACCCGCGCCCACACCCCAAUCGCCCCCAGCUGACGACGACGAAACACAGCCACACCCGCACAGGCACCCACCGCCAACCCCACACCAGCACAAGCGUCGUGCUCGCGACAAGGGCGGCAAGCGGCACAGGAGAGGGGCGGAGAGCGGGUGUUUCCCCCGACGAGAGAAGCCUCGCGAUUGCAAGCCUUGUCCUCCUCCUCCUCCUGAUUUGGGCGAGGUGGUCAUCGACAUGGACGCACCAACGCCUACGCCACCCGACAGACCGACAAGGCCGCCGUCACCAUCCCCCCAGCGGAAAAAACACCAAGACAAGCCAUCACCAAGGGCGGCAACGUCACCAGCAGCAGCGGCAGCAACCGAGCGGAAAGACCCCCACCCGCACCCCCACCAGAAGCCGCAUGCCCAUGCUCAUGGUCAUGGAGCUGCCCGCGAGACUGGUCACGAAGAGGCCAAGAAAGCUUCCCCGACAACACGCAAGGACAGAGACAGAAAAAAGAGCUAUAACGAGAAGGAAGAGUCCAAGACCAAGAGGGGCCGUUCAACGUCCGCCGAACGCAAUAACCGUGACAAAGGUGACAAGGGCGACGGCUGCACCCCCAAGCCCCCCACAGGCGAUCACAAACGAAGCAGGAGUCUGGAGCGGACGGAGAGAGGGAGGGAGAGGCACCGCGGGACUCACCGUGGGAAGAGCCACGAGCAGCGCCGGCACAGCAGCAACAGCAACAGCAGGGAGGCUGCCCAGUCCCAGUCGCCGCCUGUUGAUGAGCCAAUAACACACCAAGGGUAUGCAGACGAGAAGCGGCAGCAUCAUGCAGGGUAGCGUAGCGUACCGUGCUGAUUGCUGCCGCAUGGCAUGCUGCUGGCUGUAGGCGACGCCGGAGCCCCCCGCCGCGGCAUGCAGCCUGUGCAGCCACGCUUGAGCCCCCCUACCCCCCGGCCCCUGCCGCCCACCCUCCCUGCACCAGCACUGACGACGAGGCCUACGCAGACGAUCCCGAAGCCGCGCAAGACCCCGCCGCGCCCUCGAGCACCACGCCCACGCCACCAGCACCACCACCAGCACCAGCAGCACAUGGCCGUACUCCUCCUGCCCGUCGCAGAGACGACAGCACCCGGCGGCUGCUCUCGCCCGACGCCAAGCAGAAGGACCACCGUGUAGGCGCUGCACCCGUGACGCUCCUCGACCCCUCCUACCGAUCUCCCUUCGCACCCAACGUCAUGAUGAUGCACGGCGAGUGCCACACCCACACCCACACCCAUCGGCCCCCGAUGACGCCGGAAGACAAGAAGCGAGAUGGGGAGGGGGAGGGUGAGGGUCCUUGGGGCGAGAGGGAGAGGGAGGAGCUGGCGGCAUUUUUUCGUCGGACGGUGGAGGGGUUUGACUUUGACGAGGCCAACGGGACGGAUGUGAGCGAAGACGACGGACAGGGCGACUCGUCGUGUCUGAGCAACGAGUUUGACGAGGGCGUGACCAUGAUUACCGAGUCGGUGAAGCGGACGGAGCGGGCUUUGUCUAACGAGGAGAGGGCCAGGUGGAUACUCAGGGAGACGCAGGGGGGAGGAAGGAGAUAGAUGAGACACGGACGGGUAGCUAUCUUUCUUUCGUCCGGUGUGUGUGUGUGUGUGUGUGCGCGUGUGUGCUGCACUCUGUGUGUGUGUGUGUGUGGAUGGAUGGCUGUAAGUGAGUAGGUAGUAGGUUGCGUGAGUGUCUGGUUGCAUGGUUGCACGUCUCUCUCUAUCGUCUCCACGUUUUUCGCAGGUAGCGCCAUUACAUACGACUGACUGACUGCAGGUGUCUGUCGCUUGGCUGUCUGUCUGUCUGUCUGGUCUUUGUUUGUGUCAGUCGUGUCUGUCGCAGCUCUGCCGCCACUCCAUGUGUGUGUGUGGAUAUGUGUGUGUGUGGAUGUGUGUGGCUUUGGAGGUUGAAAAGUGACACUAGGCAAUGUUGUGG